AUGUGUGGGCGGUCACGGUGCACACUAACGCGCCAGCAGGCAGCAGAAGCGGUCGGCGUCAGUCCGGAGGAGUUUGUCGAUGGCGACAACUACAACCCGGUGGAGAAUAUGGGGCCAGGCAGAUACGGACCAGUGCUUUUGCAAUACGGUGGAGCAAAGAGGAGCAGCGAUGCGAAACCAAAGACACGGCUGCAGGCCAUGCGGUGGGGACUCGUUCCGUCGUUCACGAAGGCUGGUGCAAAGCCAGAUCAUUUUCUGAUGUUUAAUGCCAGGUCCGAGAGUCUACAGGAAAGACCUGCUUUUAAGAGACUAGUGGACUCGAAGAGAUGUGCGGUGGUGUGUGAAGGCUACUACGAGUGGCACCAAGUCGAUAAACGAGAAAAACAGCCAUACUACUUUUACCGAGAGAGCAGUCCGAUGAAAUUUGCUGGUCUGUACGACUGCUGGAAAAACGAGGAAGGCAAGGUGAUGUACACUUAUACGAUCCUCACGACAUCGGUUGCACCAGAGAUAAAGUGGUUGCACAACCGAAUGCCGGUCAUUCUGUCGGAUGAAGACGCUGAUCGGUGGCUUUCGCGCGCAAAACUGGAAGACCUCACAAGUUUGCUGCAGCCAUACCAAGGCGACGACUUGAAGUGGCACCCUGUGGAUAAGAAAGUUGGAUCAACGCGGUUUCAAGGUGAAGAAUGUGCCAAGCCAGUCGACAUUAAGCAUGCAGCCGACAUCAAGUCGUUCUUCGGGGUCAAGACUGAGAAGCCAGCGGCUUUGGCUUCGGUUGGUGCAGUACCAAUUACACCCGACAAGACGGAAGAGAUACCAAACAGCGAGACGGUCUCCAGUCUUUCGAUCAAGAACGAAGAGCGCGAAGCUGGUUCCGACACGAGGUUGGCCAAGCAGGAUCAGCGCUUUUCCACCAAAUUUGUGCCGGCCUCAUCGCUCGUUGACAAGACCUUUGAUGAUGAUGAUGAUGACAACAAUGCAAACGACUCGUUUCGAUCCGAAGAGCUGAACCAAAAGCGCCGUCGUGUGUCGCAUCCGCCACCAACUGAAAAGACGCCAACGAACAAGUCUCCGGCCAAGUUGAAGACGUUGCCAGGCCCGAAGCAAUCGUCGCUCGACUUUUUUUCGCAAAGGGUAGCAGUCGGACGGAUAGCGAUCAUAGCGCGCUUUAUCGCGUAUCCGGUUCGUACUCGCAGCCGGGAACAAACGCAACUUUGA